CAGAUCGCGGCACGCCGCGCGCGGGAAGCCGCUACCGGCUCCUAACCGUUCGCCCCCUCCCGAUCGUCGGUGCUUCAGGCGGGGCUUCUGCGAGGAGGAGGAGGAGGGCAGGAGCGUAACUCUCCUGGCCCGGGACCGCGGACGAGGCGGGACCCGGGGCCGAGUCGCCUUGGCGGUGCUGACCGGGACGGAACAGCCCCCAGGGAGGCACGCUGGCAGAGGCCUCUGGCAGCAGAACCAGAGAUGGCAUCAGUAGAUUUCAAGACCUCUGUGGACCAGGCCUGCAGAGCUGCAGAGGAGUUUGUCAAUGUCUACUACACCACGAUGGACAAGCGGCGGCGGCUGCUGUCUCGCCUGUACAUGGGCACGGCCACUCUAGUGUGGAACGGAAAUGCUGUUUCAGGACAAGAAUCCUUGAGUGAGUUUUUUGAGAUGUUGCCUUCCAGUGAGUUCCAAAUCAAUGUGGUAGACUGCCAGCCUGUCCAUGACGAAGCUACACCAAGCCAGACCACAGUCCUUGUGGUGAUCUGUGGGACAGUGAAGUUUGAGGGUAACAAACAGCGGGACUUCAACCAGAACUUCAUCUUGACUGCCCAGGCCUCACCCAGUAACACAGUAUGGAAGAUAGCAAGUGAUUGCUUCCGGUUCCAGGACUGGGCCAGCUAGUGGGGGUGACAAAGGCUGCUUGGCUUCAGCCCAGCUCUGGAGAAUUGCCAGUCUCAAAUCUCAGGAUGUGGAGAACACACGUUCACUUUUGUGGUCACAGCAGCACUACAAACUGGAUGUUCGACUCCUAGAAACCCCUUUCCUGGUUAUAUAUACUGGUUUGUCAUAGUUGCCUUUUGAAAGUAGUAAACUUUCUAUUUUUCUACUUACUCGGUAGAGACCCUGUUUCUGGAAAUUGACAAAUAAAUAAUAUAAAUGUUGUUUCUCUGCCUGAUGUGUCUAAAUCUUG